UUGACAUUUUGUUAGAUUGGUUUUCUCAGUUUUCCGAGACUAUAAAACAAUUUUCUCAUUAUUUAUGUUCUAAUUUUAUAAUAUUUUACAUUUUAAUUUUUUAGUCUUGUCUUAUACUGAAGYAUUUAGAAGGUUCAGCAGAAUCAAUAGCUUGUGAAGUUGAAACAAAACCAGUGGAAUCAAUAUAUUCGAAAUUCAACAGCGAGUUUGUACUAAUAAUAUAAGAUUAAAAUUGUCAAUUUAUAAUUGACGAUCUUGGAGGACAAAUGGUUAUUUCUGUUUGGAUGAUUGGAAGUAAAAAGAAGAAUAUCAAUAAAAAUAUUAUGCCACAACUUGGAUUUUUGAGGUCACGGAGAUCCAAUUAAUGGGGCCUUAAGCGAUUUGUUUCUUUAUACAAUAUAAUACUUAAAAUAAACACCAUGGAUGUGAAAUCACAUAACGUAUUACUUACUGUCAAAGAUGAGCCGUAUGUUAAAGAAGAACCAGAUGUAAAAGAAAAAUUUGUAAAACGAGUUAAGUACCGAAGGCGACCUAAAGCCAUACCUCAGCAAACACCAUUUUGCCCUCCGUUUAUGGUCAGAUGUGAUAACGAUCGACCACAUUUCAACUACCGUACAGUAUGGGCAUGUAGAAUUUGUACCAGAACACUAUUAAGUAAAGCUGCCGCUAUAAGCCAUGCUGCUAUUUGUAAGCUACCCAUUACAAAAGAAGAAGAUAUUCCAAUUGCAGAUUUGAAUUAUAUGGGAAAAAACAUGUGUUAUCCGUGCAAAUAUUGUGAUAAAAAAAUGCGAAGAAAAGUGGUCUGGCUAAAGCAUUUGAAUGAGCAUGAGAAUCCAGAUUAUGAUGAAGAUAAUUGGGGUGUUGAUGUACUAAUAGAAAAUUUGAAACGACCAGUAAAGGUUGUUUCUAUAAAAAUGAAACAGGAACCUGAGUUAUAAUUAGGGAGCGGAUGUUUAUGCUCCAAAAAAUUUAAAAAAUAUGCAUGCAAUUAUGCUUAAAAAGUAUAAAAAUAUGCUUAGAAAUUAUAUAAAA